UAUAAAGGUUAGAGCACUAUACUAAAAUUGAUAAUUAGGUUUUCGGAAACUCUUUUUUUGAUCAUGUUUUACAUACCGGUACUUGCUAUUUUAUUCAAGACUCAUCGAUAAUUCAAAGGAAAAGUUUUACAUGGUGAAACGUUCAUUAAACUCGUAGGAUUGAAAAAUGGAGGCAAAACAGAGUAAUAGCAAAGCUGCUAGUAUAUCUCAAGAUGCAUCUGCCAAAGUCGGUAAAGCUGGUUCUGAGCAGCAACAAGAUUCUGUUACUAAUCGUAUCGUUCGCUGGAAGAAACGAAUGAGAUAUCAGCCACAGAAUGUUGUAGUCAACAAGAAGAAAGAUUCUUCUCGUCAUGAAUAUUACAAAGAUAUGGUUGAUUCGGAAUCACAAAGCCAAGUUGAAAUUCCUAGAGCCAUCUGUGUUGCUGAUAAAGUAGAAUCAUCUGCCAAAGAGAUGAAAGCGAUGCUACAAGCCGUAUCACAGCACACAAGUGAUAGAGCUGUCCUGCAGAAAAUUCCUCGUCACAUGAGAAGACGUGCUGCGUCUCAUAACAGGAAAAGACUCCCACGUCGUUUGCAUCAACUGGCUGCUGAAAUGUCUGCACAAUCAGAGAUUCAUUCGAGGGAUAAAUCCACAAAAGUGCCGAAUCGUAAGAAACGCAGAAGAAAGAGAGAUCUUCAAAAUGAAUUUGCCAAAAGAGCAGGAAAGCAUGGCUGGUUGGAAACUCACAUGUGGCAUGCUAAAAGAUUUCAUAUGUCUGAAUCAACUGAUCCUAUGUUUAGACAUUGGGGGAACCGAGUCGCAUUGUUUCCAAAUGAUAAAAGCUUUCGUGCAUGUUACAGAGCUGUUGCUAAGCAUUGUUUAAUUCAGGAUUUGUCAUAUUUAAGAUGUCUUCAUUUAUCUGGAACACAUGAUCAUUUACUCAGAUUGUUGACUGGCGUUACUUCACAAGAUACAAAAUUUGAUGACAUUGUGUUACAUGGUGAAAAGGAGAAAGAAAUAGUGCUGUACCAAACAACAACUGGUUCAUCAGUAUGCCUUGGUCCUGCAUAUAUUUAUUGGCGUCCCUCAACUGAAGCACAAAACAGCAGGGAAGCUCAUUUGUGGAUUCAUCCUACUAUUCUAUCAGCCACAUUGAGUUUGCUGUCUACAUACUGCCAAGAAAACAGUCUCGAUGUGAGAAUUAGUGACAUUUCUGACAAUUUACAACGAUUUCGAUUAACGGGACCCAAGUCUUCUGUAUCUCUCCUUUCAAUCUUACGACCUUUGAACUAUCAUGCACCCUCAGACGAGGAAACUGAAAUUACAUUGAUGGAGAAAUGGAUGUCCGACAAUACAGAACUUAUUCGACAACUGCACAGUGAUUUUAUCUCGGUUAUGACAGAUUGUCACAGACAAGUGUUUGCAAGACCUGAUAAAAAGGUUUUAUUGGAAAAUAAUACACCGGAAUAUAAUGAUGGUUGUAUAUUUCCUGUUAUAACGAAUGAUCCAAGACUCAUACUUCCCCUUGAUAAAACAACUCCGACAUUGACUGAAGCUAAAAAGAGAUUGAAAGAGUCCAUGGAGGAACAAUCCUGCCACGUAGAUGAGGUACCCAGUGAAGAGUUUUUAACAGAUGCUUAUUCUCAUGAUUUUGAAACUACUUUGUGUAAAAGUCCAUUGUGGGAUCAUGAUAUCAGAAAUCAGGUAUCACAAAAUAGAAUUCCAGAUCAUAUUGUAAGCACAAGAAAACGCCAACAAAAAUUUGAAAGAAAUGAAAAAGUAGUAUCAGAAAGCACUCUAAAUACGACAAUACCAGUUAUUAUUAUUCGUAAAUCACCAAAUGAAGGUAGGAGCUUGACUACAAUCAAAACUGGAACAAAUGAAGAUGCAACAUGCCAGCAUAAGAACAGUGUGCAUUCUGGUCCAACUGGAGAUUUUGCAUCAGGUUGGGAUAUUAUUUUACCAAGUGGUUGGGGAACUGCCUUCUGGAUUCCAAGUAUUUAUCAUCGUGUUAGAGCAGGUGCUUUGAGAGAAAAUCAAACUACCAGCUUGGAAUGUUUGUCACCUCAUUUCCCCAAAGAUUUUCCUGAUACAGAGAGUGGAAGAUAUUUUUGGAAUUCUGAAGCUGAUAAACUCGCUAACAAAUAUUACAGAAAACCACCAGCCAAGCGACCAAACUACAGUGUUGUUGCUGUACCUAGUCCAUUUCAGCCAGAUUGGAAUGGACUGUUUAAAAAAGAACAAUUGCAAGUUUCUGAAGAUGCUGCUACAAAGGGAUUGAAGCGACCAGCCAGUGAUGAAGAUAAUAUUGUCUCUGAGAAGAAGUUAAAAUUAGAGAUUGACAUUGAUGAUGAAAAGGAAGAAACAUCACUUAGUUGCAAUGAACAGAAGAGUGUUGCUGUUGAUGAGAGCCAACAAGAAAAUGCAAAUACGCAAAAGGUUUCCCAAAUUUAUGUGAUCAGAGACAUGAAGGAAAUUAUUUCUAUCAAUAAUUGGAUUACUGAAAAAAUUGAAUACAAACAAUCUCCAGCAAACGUUCAAAUGGAUCAUCUUCAAUCAUUAUCCAAACAUCUUAUAUGUGUUAGUGUGAAAACACUUAACAAAGGAAUUCCAUUUGCUCGAUCAAUGUUGUGCCAGCCAUCAUCUGAUGAUAUUGAUAAUUUAUGCAAUGAUCUAACUGAUCUAUAUAAAUAUGGAUUACAAUCAGUUGCAGGACCAUGUGAAAAGAGUCAUUGGGAUCCUUAUAGGAAACAAAGAAAAGAAGCGAAAAAAGAAGCUGCGAAAAGAAAAAAGGACAGAAAAUCUGAGAAUAAGGUAUUGCUUUCAAAAGACAUUACUCAACCAGUGGCUGAAACAUCUAGUACAUCUCACACUUCAGUAUCAGUAUCAAAAGGACAACCUCAAACAUUCCCAGUUCAACCAUCGAGGGAGAUAAUUGGUUACGUAACUAACGGAGAUUUUCUAUUUUCACAUGCAUGCGGUGCAGGUGUCGGCUUCAUAUCAGCACAAAAAUUACAAACUCUUGUUCUGAGACAAAUGAAACAUGUAAAGCUGCAAAAGAUUUUGAGUGAAGAAGAUUCCAAGAAAUUAUUACUUAAUAAUGACUCGCAUAUUCCGUUGUUAGCUUUAAUGAGAAACACUGAUUCUUUACAAUAUAGAUUUGUUAAGAUUGAAAUGAUCAAACCGUCAUAGUAAUCACAGAAAGAAGACCUACAUAAAGGUUUAAUGUAUCAUGGAGACUGUGAAAAAGAGGUAAAGAUUAGUUUGACCCCAUUCUUAUACCAUUCAAGGCUUUGGAAUUACUUUCCCCUAAAUCAGGAAUAUGACAUUGACUCCGGGAUAGCAUCGUUUUGACUAUAACAAUUUUGGUGUUUUGAACCUCUCAAUUUUAAUAUCGACCAGACUUCCAGAUAUCUGAAAUUCUCUACAGGGAGUUUAAAAUCUACAAAUUUGAAAAAAGGACCGGGCUUGUUAACUCCCAGGCUUAACAUCUCCAUCCUCACUCAGCGAUUUGAGGGGUUUAGAUCAAGUCGUUGAUUACGGAUCCUCAAGUUUCUAUUACGUGAGUCAUUUCACUCAACUUGGGUCAGUCCGAUGGUGCACUUUCUAUUGUUUCAACUGAAGGAUACUAUGAUCAACGGUAAGACCUUGCCACUUGCUUGAUCCACAGAAAAUGCUUUGUGUAGGUGAACAGUACACAAAUUUUUCAUUCACUUGCAUUAGGUUACCGCAUGUUUCCUACUACUGUUUUCAAGAUUGUACAAUUGAUAUUUGUUAUGAGAAGUCAAGUGUAUCUUUUAUGCAUUUUUCGUCCACUGCUUCUUGUUGGUCUUCAGUUUCUGUUACUUCAGUGCAGAUCAGUCAAUAGAAAUACUGGUUUGAUAUUAUGUACAUAUGAAGUUGUUUUUGAGGAAUUGAAAAAUUGUUAAGUUGGUUUUUAUAGUCGUUGGUACGGAAAAUGACUUACGGUAUGUAUUUGAGAUUUGAGCACCGUACUUUUUGUCCUGUUUAUUUCUUCAUCUACUCCGUCAUCAAGUUGUUCCGCACUUGCGUUUAAAUACUGUAUUAUUUGGAUAUUUUUAAUAUCUAUUUUAA